GAGGACUACGUUUAUAAAUCAAACGCGUUUUGUGCCUCCUGGACCACCGUCCUCCUAUUAAUUUGGAACAGGAAGAGACAUUAUCUAAUCUAAAAGCGGGAAGCCACGGGGAGAUACCGCGCAUGCGUACCACCGCAACUCUCUCCCUUCCCCCUUUCUUCUCUCAGGUUAACAGCUACUCUUCUCCGCGAGGAAACUGCGGGUACUGGGGUCAUGUUGAGCAACUACGGCCGCGGCACCCCGCGGGCGGGCACCAGCCGGCAGCGGGACUCGCUCCCGCCCGCCCCACGAGAAGCGAGCGGCUGUCGGACACCGCAGCGUAGCCAGGGUAUCGACGACCGCGGUGAUGGCGUCGAGGCGGCGGAGGACGAGACCUGUCCGGCCCCCGAUCCGAACUUCGAGCUGGAGGGCGACGACGGCAAGCGACGCCUGAUCCGCCACCAGUACCGCGAGCUCAUCCACAACGUGCAACAACAACGAGAAGAUAUGUUGAGUUCAAAAAGCAACAAAUUAACAGAUGCCCUUGAACAAGCCAACCAGCUGUUUAACAGAGUGUCCCAAGCAAGAGAAGCAGCCCUCGAUGCUCAGUUUCUUGUUCUGGCUUCAGACUUGGGUAAAGAAAAAGCAAAUCAGUUGCAUUCUGAUAUGACCUUAUUUGAUCCAACAUCAUAUGCUGAAGAUUUACUUAAGUAUAUGGGCCUAAAUCGGCUUGAAGUACAAGAAAGCGAUAGUGAGGAAGAACCACUUCAUAUUGGAUUUUUACCUGAAGAUUCCUGGCUCCGAGUGGGAAUAAUAUCAGUAAAAUUCUUAAAAUGGGCUCCAACAUUCCAUUUUUUGUUUGGUUCAUUCAAGACUGAUCCUCCUGUGCCAAAGCAACGUAAUGAACGUCAGAGAAAAAAAGAUAAGAUAGAAGAAGAAAGGGCCAUGCCUGAUGAGUUGAAAAAAAUGGAAGAGUCACAACAAGAGGCUACAGAAAAAGAGGUAGAAAGGAUCUUGGGAUUACUGCAGACUUAUUUUAGAGAAGAGCCUGAGACUCCUAUAUCCUUCUUUGACUUUGUGAUUGAUCCAAAUUCUUUUGCCCGAACUGUGGAAAAUAUUUUCCAUGUUUCCUUCAUUAUAAGGGAUGGUUUUGCAAGAAUAAGACUUGACCAAGAUAAACUGCCAAUAAUAGAGCCUAUUACCCAAGGUAAUGAGGAAAGUGAACAACAAAAUACCCAAAUCAGACACCAAGAUGUUAUAUCACUGAGUUACCAAGACUGGAAGGACCUUGUGAGAACUUUUGAAAUUUCACAGCCUAUGAUCUCUCCUCCAUGCUGUAGCAAGUAAAAUCCAAAUUUCUUAAGGUGUUCCAAAUGAAAACUGGCAACUCAGAUGGAAAGAACAUAUCAUUUAUUGUAUUAUGAAACGUGUUUUCCAGAGAAUCAGAUGUUGAGACUUUUUGUUUACAUGUAUUUUAUUUUAUUAUGAAGCUGCCUUGUUUUCAUAUGAUUAAAGAAAUUCACUGCCAUAGUA